AUCAAUCAGCUUCGAUUGAGUGACAUCACAAAUGCAUGCUUUUGUGCAUGGGACCUUCCCGUCGGAUUCAUCGAUCUGUGGCCAGUACAGCACUGAUCGUGCAUAAAACCCCAUCACGUUACCACCGUCUCCGUGCCUUCACUUCCCGCUUCUCAUCUUCAUCAUGAAAGCCGCAGGAGCUAAUAAUCCCUGCUCUGCUUCUUCUUCUUCUUCUUCCUUCUCCUCCUCCUCUCGCUGCUGCUCUUCGUCGUCCACCGGCUUUUCCUCCACCAUCAAGAGAGAAGCUGAGGCAAUUGGUGGCAAGGAGAAGAAGGAGCAAGGCAGCGGCGGCAAGCACUCAUCUUACCGCGGCGUUCGGAUGCGUGCCUGGGGUAAAUGGGUGUCGGAGAUCCGUGAGCCGAAGAAGAACUCGAGGAUCUGGCUCGGAACGUUCCCCACCGCUGAGAUGGCCGCCCGGGCGCACGACGUGGCGGCGCUGGCCAUCAAGGGGCGGUCUGCGUACCUCAACUUCCCCGAACUGGCUUCCCAGCUGCCGCGCCCGGCGUCGUCAACGCCCAAGGACAUCCAAGCGGCGGCGGCGCUGGCUGCCGCCACCGCGGCCGGCGACCACAGCUCGAAGACCGAGACCUUAUCGUCGCAUUCGCCUGCUGCUACGCCGACGCCCAGCGACGACGGCGCGCUCUUCGACCUGCCUGAUCUCUUGCUCGAUCUGAGAGAGGACUUCUGCUACUUCGCGUCAUGGGAGGCUUCGAUAGCGGAGGAUGGCUUCGAGCUUAAGUUCGAGGAGCCAUUCUUGUGGGAAUAGCUCACUUCUCGAGUUAUACUGAAGACCUAGCCUUCUGUUGUUCCAUUAAGGGUCUCAAUGGACAUCUCAAACACAGCUCAAUAAGAACAAUACAAGCGAGUGUGAUGUAGGCAUCGAAUUCUGAUGUUUGAGAUACGAAAUGGAAUCCACGUAGGUGGAUUUUACUACCUCUGUUUCUUUGCUGCACAUGGAAAGAUUUGCUUCUCUCUUUGGAU